GCCAAGACCCUGUUGUUGGGGACGCUGAAGAAGCUCAAGCUAGUGCCUGAUGCUGUCAAAGAUGUGUCCCAGGCUUCGCCCUUGGAGUUGCCGCAGGCUGACACAAGCGCGGACAGAACCAAGGCACGCAAAGUAAUGCCGGGCACUUCUUACAAGGAGAUGUGGCGUAAGUCUAACGCCCGUCUUAGCCUGACGAAAAACUCCGUCUAUGAAGCUGGUGGCUCGGCGCUAUGGGCUUCAUUUUGUCCUUCCGACAAAGUGAGUCCGAGCGUGACUGACGCCGAUCCGUCUGACAUUUUGGCUGGGGAUGUUGGCACGUGGCACCAGCUACAGACAGCUUGCAGCCUUUUCAAGCCGAGUGUGGAGCAGCCUUCCCGCAUUAUGUGGCCAGUCACCCUGCAAGUCGCCUGUCGAUCCAUUGAUGAGGUUUGCCCGCCAGACACUGAGUAUCCAAAAACUUUGAAGCUGCUAUGCAACCAUGUGGUGCUGGGAGCUUGGUGGAUCAAAAUGUAUGAGGCGCUGCAAGCAAGCGAUGACAACCUGGUGGCCAUGCUUUGGGAAUGUGCUUUGACGUGUACCAUCCGUGUGACGUUGUGGGUGUCUGACGUGCACGUGGUGAAGAUAGCCAUGUCAGCAGCUGAGGAGAGCAGGACUUUGGAGGAGCUCAACGAGGACCUGGUGACCUUCGCCUUUCGACUGGGCACGGUCACAAAACAGUACAGCAAGCUGACCAUCCCGCAGAUUUUGGACAAGUUGAAGGCCGACCGCGUGACCUGGAUGGGCAAACCGGUCACGAAGAAUCACAUGGCCGCUUGUGAGCUGUUUGUGAAGUGCCUGUCGGCCAGAUCCAGGAAACUCCUCUCCGCCCUGUCCAGCAAGCAUGGGCGCAAGUUUCUCCUUGAUGGGCCCACGAAGCUGUACCGUAUCAUCGUGGCUGUGAACAAGUUUGUGGCCUCUUCGAAAGUUCGCCUUAUCGCGUCUGACGUCCUGGAAAUGGUUCUCGCCUGUCUUGCAACUGCGCUGGAAUCGACCUCUUUGACAGCGGAGGCCUGCACCUCCCCGUUCCUGACAGGAAAGGAAGGCAGCAAGGUGACAGAGGGAACGUGGUGCGGCGCAGCGCUCACUGGCGUCGCAGUCGGCCAACAAGCUCGCAAUGUCAUCGCGCUCAUGCAGAACGACGCGGUGACAGAGGAUUUCAAACAGACUGUAGAAGUAAUGGUUAAUCCUGUUCUUUGGCGGCAAGAGUUGAUCAAAAAAAUCCAGCAUUUUGCUCCUCCGUCUUCCAACUUGGGCAAGCAGGAAGAUGGUGGUGACGCCCCGUAUGAGGCUGCCGCAAAGGCGCUUGUCGAGAGCCUGAAGCAGAAGUUACUGGGAAGCAGCCAGUGCUUCAAAAAACAAGAGCCGCUGAUUGACUGGUGCUUCUCCCUCGCGGACAACCAGCUCCACGCGGACCUGAAGACAUUGAGCACUGAGGAGGUGGACUUGGGAGAAGUUCUCGAUGAACACAGCAACACGGUGCUCAAAGAACUACGCGAAGCUUUGGCGUGCCUGACGUCUGACGGGACGGAGGUCAGCGCAAGCAUUCUUGGGGCUCCUUUGAUGUCUUGGCGCCAGCUGGCAAAGUGCAACUCAGAUGCGCUGAAUCCGUCUGACGAGCUUGCAAACGCAGCAAAGAUGGAAGAGAGAGAGGCCAUCUGGGAGAAGGCCGUCGCCGUGCGCAAGACGCUGCUGUCUUUCGAUUACUACAAGGCCUGGAAGAAGGACAGUAUACAGAAGCUUUUCGACGCUUCUGGCGCAGCGUCCUUCACGGGCGUGGCAAACGAGAAGCAUCUCCUGGUGGUUGUCAGCGCAGAUUGUUGCAUGGACGAAGCCCGCGGGUGGUUGGGCCACUGCAAUGGCAAACCCAGCCACAUGGAUUUCUUCAAGGAGCGCGUCAAGUUCGCGCUGGAGAUUGCGAAGAACCGGGCGAACACUCUUGGUUUCUUGUUUGACGGUCGAUCCCGCGACUGUCGCCGAGCGAUUGACGCCAUCACGAGCAAGCACGAUUACCUGGCCGAGCUUGACAUAACAUUCGUUGGCAAAUUCAACAAG